AUGUCUUUCAAACACCAUUCAUCUCUUUUCCCAACAUUGGUCAUGGCUUUUCUCUUGCCUCUGAUGCUUCAAGCCUUCCAAGGCGACUCGAUGGAGAUUGUAUCCUCAGGAUUACAUACAGGAAGCGUUCGUCAGGGAUGUUACCAAAAUUUAGAGCAAAGAAAAGCUUACUGCAGUAACAGAGGUCUUGAUUCGGUUCCUCAAAAUCUUGCAGGAGGCACUAAGGAACUUGAUCUGUCUGGAAACAACAUCACUGUCCUCCAGAAUUUCUCGUUUGAGAGAUACCCCCUGAUCACUUUCUUGAAUCUUUCAGCUAACGACAUCAAAGUGAUAGAACCCACCGCUUUCAACCCUCUGAGGAAGUUGGUGAACCUGUUUAUAACCUUCAAUCCCCGUCUUGUGCUCCUACCUACAGGAUUAUUCAGAUGGGCCAGUAAGCUGACCUACCUGGACCUGUCAUAUUCAAACUUGAAAUCCCUUCCCAACGACACCCUAAAAUGGAACCAACACAUAGACUACCUGGAUUUACGUUUCAACAACCUCACUUUCAUUAAUAUCAGCACUUGUGGCUCAGUAGGACAUGCUUCCUUUUAUGCUAACAACAUUGAACAGCUCACAAAGGAAACUUUCACCUAUGCAUGUCAAACUGAUAGUCUGCACCUUAGUGAAAACCCCAUCAAGUUGAUUGAUCCCAUUGCAAUUGCUGAACUACAUACCCACUCACUGUUUCUCGGACGUUCCAGACGCCACUCUUGGACACCCGAGAUGCUGAGAAACCUAACAAUCGGAAUCUCUCGUUCGCAAAUCAAGAGGCUUAUAGUCUUUGCUGCUAAUUUAAGUCUUUUACCUCAAGAUGUCUUUACUCCAUUGCGAGAUUAUUCCUUCACUCUUCUUGAUUUCUCCGGCAACAAAGUGAAUGCACUCUAUCCAUUUGUCUUCUCGAAUCUGACGCUGCUCGAUCAACUUGUUCUCAGUUAUAACAAAAUAGCUACGAUCGAACCGAACUUUUUUGACGGCAUGCAGGCGUUGAAAGUGCUGAAAAUAGAUUAUAAUGGGGUAAGGAGUAUAAAUACUGGUAAACAUACUUGGACAAUCAACCUCACCGAGUUGUAUUUAUCAGGGAAUUUAUUGACAGUAAUUUCGAAAUUUGCAUUCCUUGGUUUGCAAAAUUUAACCCUUUUAGACUUAAGCUAUAACAAAAGACUUAGUAUUAUUCGUUUGUCAUCCUUUACUGGACUAAAUAACAUCCACACCGUCGAUUUGUCAAGAUGCAGUAUCUCUGUUUUGCUGUUUAACAGUCCGAGUUUAAAGUCGCUGCGUAUGGCAGGAAAUAUCCGUUUGAUAAUUGUAAGUCCUUUUUACCCUGGGGAAGUCUUCAGAAACUCAUCGAAUCUUGUUUAUUUGGAUAUACAAGAGUCACAAGUUUCGUCUUCUGAUCUGUGGGAUCCAAACACAAAUGUUUCUCUUUUCAAAGGACUGUUCAAUCUUACGACAUUGGAUAUGAGUAAGAAUCCGAACAUUGGCAAAAUCAGCCUGGAUAAUAGGAUCUUUCGAAACCUCUCUGCUCUACAGGAGCUCAGUUUAGAUACCUGCGCUAUUUCAAACCUUCACCCUCUUGUGUUUACAGAUUUGGAAUCACUUCAGAAGCUGAACCUAUCAGGUAAUAACCUUAAGCAGAUUCGUACUGGUUUACUCACAGGGUUAGGGCAAAUACGAAGUAUUACCCUUGAUGGAAACAUUAUAGCAUACCUUGAUGAAGGAACGUUCUUGAACAACUCCAGGCUUACAAACCUUUCAUUGGCAAACAACAGGCUAACGAGUUUAAACGAGAGCACAUUUAGACCAAUCUAUUCUUCUCUUUCACUGGUAGAUCUUUCCCAGAACUCACUUGUUUGUACAUGUGAUCUCGAGUGGCUUCUAGAUUGGCUGAAUCAGAAUGGAACAGUAAGCCUUGUCAAUGAGGAACAGACUCUAUGUGCACCAUUAUCAUUGGCUCCUCUCCGUGAGAAACCUUUACUUCAUUUUAACCCCACUGAACUCUGUCGGUUCAACUAUGCCAUCUUCAGUUUAAUUCCGAUUGUUAUCGUUUCCUUGGUUGUCUUCCUCGUGCUCGUCUAUUACAAGCGAUGGAAGCUAAAGUACAAACUCUUCCUCCUAAAACUGGCGGUCAUUGGUAGGGAGAGGCAAGACGCACGCAACCAUAACGACUAUGAGUUCGACGUAAAUAUCAUCUCCUAUGACGACGACGAAGAAUGGAUUCGCGAAAAUCUGAGACCAACUCUGGAAGAUCAGCUACCGCAGUUUCAAAAGAACAUCUUUGGUGACGCAGACCUCAUACCGGGUAUGUACUACUUGGAUGCCGUUGACUACGUGGUGAGCCGGAGUUACAAGACCAUCAUUCUACUCAGCAGAGCCGCUGUACGUGAUCGCUGGUUCAUGCUCAAGUUUCGUACGGCCAUGGAUCACGUGAGUGAUACCCAGACCGAAUUUGUAGUCGUUGUCUUCCUCGAAGACAUCCCAGAUGAUGAGAUACCUUUCUUGGCGAGGUUGUUCCUCAGUGACGGCAGACCUUACCUCCACUGGACAGAAGAUGUGAGAGGUCAAGAAUAUUUCUGGAAGGAAUUGGCAAAGAAUCUGACCAUCAACCUAAGGACCAAUGAUCUGAUCCCAAAUGAAUAGAACCAGUAUAAAAACACUUAAGGUAGCUUAAAUCCCGGUUCGAAUCCCAGUGGAGAUAUUUUUUUUUCAACCUUUACAAAUAUUUCAAAAUGGAGGCCAGCAAUUGGGAUGCUAAAGUUACUCAACCAUUACUCCCUUAUUUCUUUCGAAAUAUGUAUAUACACUGUAUAUUCCAAAUCAACUUGUUUCUUCGAGGUUUUUGGGGGAAAGUCUAUCCUGUUAACCCACAAAUAACCAAAAUUACUACUCUUAAAUGUAUAAUAUCAAAACAAAAUUGAGUAAAGAACGGCCUUUUUUUCUUUUUCCUUGCCCUCAAAAAGGGUUAGUUUCUUUUCACAUUAUCAAGUUCACAUUAUCAAGAUAAGAAUAAUUUAGAAACUGCUCUCUUUAAUCAAUAUUUCUUUAGUACUUUGUUCCUUUUUCAAACUUUUCAUACAAUAGAUCCUUAAUGAUAUUUUCUUUCUUUUUUCUUUCAAGAAGCCAUCAUAGUAACAAAGGUGCCUAUCAUAAACUGCGCAGUAAUUUAGGACUAGAUCGAAUGUAUUCUUCAAAAUUCUUUGUGCCCUGGUUAAUACCGGAGCUGAGGCCCGGCUUAUAAUUUCAAGCCUAAAAAGCAUCAUACAAAAGUAAAUAGUAGCAUUAUCAUAAGUAGCAGCAGCAGCAGUAGAAUGUAUCAACAUUAUUAUCAUUUUCAAAGAUAACAGAUGUAAAAAUAAAGAUAUCAACUAUGUCUUUAGAUUUCAUAUUUUUUCUUUACAUUUUCAUGUAGAAUAAUGAAUCACAUGCCAUAUUAGUUUAUACAAAAGAUUGUGAUAACAAAAAAUGUUAUUUGUUCAUUGAUUACUUUGUGUUAAACUGUAUUUGUCAAUGCUGAUUACAAUUUUUGGUAAAAAUUCUAUCAAUGUUGAUUGUAAUUUUUAUUUAUCUAUUUUUGUCAAAGCAAAUUGCCAUAUUUGUAUGCACUCUAUAUCAUUGUAAAAUCAUCGCACAAUUCGGCUAUGUCGCAAUGUUUUGUUGUUGUUAAUCUAUCAAUAAACCAUUUAUCUUCACCAUACCACUA